GUAAAGUCAAAAAUCUAUUACGGUUCAACCUCCCUAAGAAUAUAUUUACAAUAAUAUCAUUAUUUAAUCUAACUGACUGACUAGCCACCAUCUCUCUUUCCCCCUCCCCUCCUGCAACUAUUUCAUUUCCACAAUCUUCCAAACGAAGAGAAUUAAUGGAAAGUGAGAUUUACAACUUUUAUUAUCCUUGUUGUCCUCUGAUAUGUUUACAAUGAAACACAAGACAAAAAUAAUUCGUCUCUGGUUAAUGGGUGUCUCUCGCUUUCUUGAUUUCCCAACUCCAAAAUAUGCUUAUGGCAAUUAUCAUAGAUUCUUCUGUCCAAUUUAAGCAACAGACAGAAAAGCUCUUUUUAAUCCAUGGCUUAUGUUGAGAUCAAGACUAAGCUGAGUAAUCCUUAUCAUCAUCAUCAUCAUCUUCUUCUUCUUCUUCUUCCUUGUUCUCGUUAUAGUCCAAACUGGCUGUUCGGAUUUUUGGAUUGUCGGAUAAGACCAUGGUUCCUGCUGAAAACCUUUCUAAACAACAUGAUCUUUCUCACGGUGGCGGUUUUUAUGGUUAUUGUGGUAGCAGUUUCACAGAGAGUUUUGGUAGCCUUAUGAGACGCGUUCACGGGUAUGACUAUCACAGUGAAGCUUUCAUAAAAUCUGAUCUAGGUGCUAAUUCCAUGGAUGAGGAUGAAUCAAGAACUAAUAGUCUUAAUGAGGCGGGCUCCAGCUCCAAGCAUAACAAUCAAGAACAAGAAGAUGGAGAUGAAGGUUGGCUCCAACUCAGUAUAGCGGGUCAGGCAACAAGGUACAAUCACAGCAAACAUGACCAAGGCGAUCGAACGACGAAAAGAGGAGGGUUGAUCGAGCUUGAUCUAUUAUCUGGUGGUAGCUCGCAACAAGUUAGGCCAUCUAUUUUUCGUAUGCCUGAGUUUCGAGCUCCGCCACAUCCAACGGUUAUGCGUAGUUUUAGUGGUUCUUUAUUCUUCCAAAACCAACAAGGAAGCAACUCCAUGUUCCCUCAUCACGAAGAGAUUAGCCAGGCAUUUAGGCCGAUAGUUCAAAAUAUAGCUGCAGCUCCUUCCUCCGCAUCUUCUUCUUCUUCUUCUUUGGUGCCAUUGGGCUCCUAUUUUGCCAGACCAUUUCAGGUGCAAUCCGGAAUGGAUGUUGCCGGGCCGAGCUCGGAUGUUAGAAUCAUUGAUCCUCCUAGAAGACCCCAUUCUGGCAUUUGGUUUAAGCUACAAGCAUCACAAAACCAAGCAAAAGAACCGUUCUUGCCUCAAAUACCAAAGAGCUACCUGAAAAUCAAGGACGGGAAGAUGACUGUGCGGUUAUUAAUGAAGUAUCUGGUUAACAAGCUGAGACUGGAUAGCGAAUCAGAGCAGAUAGAGAUAACAUGUAGAGGACAGCAGCUUCUACCAUUCUUGACGUUGCAGCAUGUAAGAGAUCAAAUAUGGAGUUCAAGAGAUGCUGUGACUUUGCUUCUAAAUACCUCAACAGCUGAUUAUAAUGUAAUGGUUCUGCACUAUGGUAGGAGCGCUUGAAACACAACACAAUUUUUUUUUCUCAUAAUUUAAUCGCUUCCUCUUAUGCGAUGUAUCAUUCUUAAGUUACGGAGAAAAUAUAUAGUUUGGGGAUGCCCUGAAAUGAUGUUUUGACUUUGGGAGUCAAUAAUAUAACCGAUAAUGCGAUUACGAGCUGGGCUGGCUUCAU